AUGGAACUGGAUAUCGCGGCCAGCCGCGCGGGAGGUGGUGCGGAGAGCAGUGGCGGGGGGCGGGGGAGUGGCGGAGGGGGAGAUCGGGUGGGGGAAGCUGCUGGGGGGGCCCGCGCUGGAGGUGGGCGUGCGGGUAUCCGGAAAGGGGCUUCCGCGAAGGAUCGUGGUGGUGCACGGGCCGAGAGGCGUGGGGAAGAGAAGCCUGCUGGAAGUACAGCCCCACCCCUCGAUACAGUCACACCCCCUCCUCAACCGCAGCUCUCUUCUCUUCGCUCGGACAUCGAGUCAGCUCUAGAAACCCUCGUGCUGCGUGCUAUUAAAGAGCGGCGUCUACAGUCACACGACCUGCUGCAGGCCCUGGAGCGGCGUGUGCAUGUGGUAACCGCGCUAGAGACGCUACUCUCGGGCGGGACUGGGGGGGGGUUCGGGGGGUCUGGGGGGAGGAAUGGGGAGGAAGGGGAGGAAAAGGGGGGGUGUGAGGGAAGGCAGGUGGAGGAGCUUUGGGAGGAGUCGAUGCGAUUGGUGCAGAGGAGGUUGCAGGAACAACAGGUGGAGGCGAAGCAACAGCUGGCGCAUUCACAACCCGUGCCGGGAGCAUGUGAUAUUGCAGGGUGGGGCUAUAACGAAGAUCAUUUGUUACUGAAGGCUUGGGCGCAGGAAUCGGUUGAAAAUACAGAAAGAGAAUUAAGAGAAGAAUCAAAUCGACAAAGUGAAGACAGAGCUUCUCUUUCCGAACCUGCCGCAUCAACGAUUGCCAGCAUGUGCCUCGCCAAGCAGCUGCUGCGAAUACAGGAGGUUCGGCGGUGGAGGUCGGGACCGAACCUGGCCGACAGCCCCGGGCAGGGGAGGUCCGGGCCAGGCGUGGAAGGCAGGUUCGGGCGCAGGAGAGGGGAUGCCGAGGCGGCUGUCGCCUGGAGUGGGCUGUUGAUUGACUUGCUUGUUGUGGCAGGAGGCACGAGAAAGAGCAGCAAGCUGAGAUGGCGACAUAAGCCUUUUCAGCCUAUCCUGGCGAUUAACGGAUUCCACGUGUUACGCCACGCGCCAUGCAGCCAUGUCGUAUCCACAAUAUCACCAACAGCAGCACCAACAUCACCACCGAAACCACCAUUAGCAUCAGCAGCAGCAGUAGCAGCAGCAGCAUCACCAGCAGCACCAUCACCACCAUCAGCAGCAAGCCUGUGUGAGGGGGCGGAUUUCCACGAUGCGUUGCUGCUGCGCCUUCUUGAGGCCACAGCUAGAGGGAGGGACGCAGCUCCCAGGGUGCUGCUCUGCUCCUCCGACAGCUAUUACUCAGAUCAACUGUCUGCUGAUUUCGGCACACAGGCACUUUUCCACCCACACGAGCUCUUUGGCUGGCUGCCGGAGGAAGCUUCCGUGCACCUCGUUCCCUCCACCUUCACUCCCCUCCAGUGGAGGGUGGUGGAAGCUGCGAUUGGCUCCAACGCGCGCCACCUGGCGGAGUUUCAUUCGCUGUGGGCUGGCUGGCAGAAAGAGGAGGACGAGUUUGAGCGAGUGGACAGCUGCGUGGACCAUUACUUGGCUUAUUUGCAUGCAACGGAGGUGGAACCAGCCAUGCAAGCAGCACUCACUCACCUCGAGAGGCAGGAAGCAUUACCAAGAGACACGCAGGGGGAGAAGGAAUUAAGGUUUACCAAGGAGGGUGAAGGGCCAGAAGAGGUUACUGUGGGGAGUGGGAAAGAGGAGGAAGAGGAGGAGGGGUGGAUGGAGGAGGAGGAGAAAGGGGAUUAUCGACGGCAGCUGAGGGAGUGGGCGCGGCUUCAAAUGAUGGAUUUCGUUCAUGCAUUGGCAACUGCCGAGUUCGGGGUAAGCUGUGCUGCUGCUGCUGCUGCUGCUGCUGCUGCUGCUGCUGCUGCUGCUGCAUUGCUUGGGAUCUGCUGCUGGGAUUGA